CAAGUUUUUUGUCAAUCAACAAUUUCAGUACCAUUUAACCAUCAACAUGAAUCUUAAUGAUCCAUAUGAUAUUUGUUUGUUGACAAUAUUUGAUAAGUUUGAUGAGCUUGAAGAUCUUAUAAUUAUAUCUCAAGUUUGUUCAAAAUGGCGGAAAUUAGUUCAAAUUCGAUAUGAAAAAAUCAAAGCCUUAACAUUUUUGGCAAGAACCAAGGUAUUACUUCCGCCACACAAUAUCUACACCAAGAGUUAUCUAUUCAUUGAGAAUAUAAAUGUUGCCAAAGUAUUUCCGAACCUCGAGCUAUUGGAAGCUCUUCAUAUUCCUUCUACUCCUCACACAUGUCCAUGCAGAGUUAUAGCAAAUGUAUUGUCAACUGGGAAUCCACUGCGAGGUUUAUCAACUCGACUUGAAUGCAGAAGUCAAGUAGAAGGUGUUGAUCGCCGUGAAUGUGACGUUGACCUUGACCAACAAAUAGUUAAACACUGUGGUAAUCUUACUCGACUAUUGGUGGAUGAUCCUGGAUUCCUGAAUCUCUUUUUCAAUAAAUACAAAUUCGGUGAAAAGUUGCAAAUGUUUGGUGGUUUUGGCGGAGCUUACAUGGCAACUUUCAACACUUAUGCUACUCGAAUGCCGAAUCUUAAAAAGCUUUAUGCAUCUAAUCUUAAAGCAAUAACGCACUUCAUUCCGACUUUCCCAGGAGUUGAGAAGAUCACUUUUUCAUCAUUUUUUGAAGGAUCUUAUUUUCUAUAUCCAUCAUACUUUCCUGAUCUACAAAAUUUACACAUUAGUGUCUCUCCAAAUUUUUGUUUGACACAACGUUUAAGUUCAUCUCAAUAUGUAAGGCCACCAGUAAGCAAAAGGAACAACAAAGUCCGCAAAGUCACUAUCCAGUUUGAACCUGACACAGUAAAUGUCCGCUUUCUUACGAAAAUUCUGAUCAAAGAUGUCGCACUUCAAUUCCCUAAUUGCCUCGAACUGACGAUAUUUUGCCGAAGUAACGUUUUGACGAAAAAUGAUCCAUUCAAUAUAAUCAAGACAAUGCCGAAUUUAUCUCUUCUUCGUUUAAGUCCAACAAAUUUCAAUGACCUUGGUGAUGACAUAACCGAAAAAAUUGCGGAUUACUGCCGACAUGAAAAUCGAAACCUUGUAUUCGAAAUAGUUGAACACUUUGACUUUAAGAAAUCACAUCCCUUAAAUGUUGGAUCUAAAUUUUUUUUCGAUUUUUAAAAAGUUCAAUGUACCUUGUUGCAAGGAAAGGAAAAUGUAUUAAUAGUAAAUUUAUUACUACAAUGAUUGAGCUUGCAAAAAACAAUUAACAUAAACAUUUUAAUGAAUCGAAUUAUUUCUUUUUUGUUCGAUUCUCCCAACCAUGAAUAACAAGCUAUAUGCAAUCUUUAUGAGUUAAAAUAAGUGUUUUACCAAAGUAAAGAGUCUCAAUGAAUGUAUUGUUACCUCCAUGGGUUAAAACGAGGUCAACCUUUGGAAGAAUUUUAAUUUGAUUCAAAUAUCUUCCACCGAUCAUAUUAUCAUAUAAUUUUAUCUCCUCAUGAAAUGGACCUUUGGAUACAAUGAAACGAUGAAUAAAAAUCACUAUGAAAUCUUUGCUAUUAUGAGUUAAAAUCAAUUCAAUUUUAGUUAAUUUCUGAUUUACCAGUUGCAUUGUUGAAACAAUUUAUUACUCUUUAAAUUAAAUUAAUUCAUUUUCACUCA